ACCACAACUGAAUGAAAAUGAAAUAGAAAUCUCGUCCGUCAUUUCCAGUACUCGCGCUCAGACGACGACGACGACGACGACGACAAAGAAGAAGAAUCAGAGCGCGAAGAACCCCGAAUCAUAUUAUUGCCUGGGUUCAUCAUCAUCUUCUUCUCUCUCUUUCUUAUAUACGAUCAUCAAAACUCGUAAUCUACUUUCCAAAUCAAAAUUCUUCAGAUCUUCGAUUUAUCGGAAACGAAAAAGAAGGGAUAUAUUGAAGGAUAUUGGGGAUCUGGGUUUUUUGAUUUGAUUGAUAUUUGAUCAAAUGGCUACGAAUGUGCCUCCUUCAGGGGCACCUAGGCCCGUCAGUAAUAACCUAGUACCGCCUCCGAAUUAUAUUCCCAAUGUUCAGAGAACACCCGAUUCCUUGGCUGAUAAUUUGCAGAAUUUGAAUCUAAAUCGACCACCUUCCAUGCCCAAUUCUGCCCCUAGACCCAGCCCUUUUGGCCAGCCACCGCCUUUCGCUUCGUCCCCCCCUUCCCAGGGGAUCCCCGGUGCUCCACCGCCUUUUGCUCGGCCGGGUGUCCCUCCUGGUGCGCUUGGAAGACCCGUGGUGCCACCCUCAGGACCACCAUUGGGGACUUUUCCGUCUGGAGGAGCACUGGUAAGACCUGCUGGGCCACCUGUUGCCCAACCUUCGCCUUUCGCUUCACGACCACCUCCCGGGACUUUGCCCCCUUCAAUAGGCGGUUAUGUGCCGCCUGGUUCUGGACCAUUUCCUUCCGGAGUUUCACAGUCAUCCGGUUUCCUGAGUUGUCCAGUAGCUCCGCCACCAGUGGCACCAGGUGCGCAGCCUACUCCCAUCUCUUCACCUUUGGCUACUGGUCAGGUUUUGCAGCCUCCUAGGGCGCCAGGUGGAUUGAUGAGUAACGGUUCACCAUCCUUUGCUUCAGCAGCCGUGCCUGCUGCUCCCCGUUUUCCACGAGCUGGAAAUGCUCUACAGCCUCCGCUUGGGCCUUCAUUGACGACGGUGUCUUUGGCUCCUCAUCGAGCUCCAAGCAUGGGCACUGAUCUGGGUGGUUCUCCACCAGGUGUUCCUAUGCAACCCACAUCACCAUUUUCACCUGCAGCUCAGGGCACAUUGCCACCAACAGGUCCUCCUUUUGGCUCUCCAACGUGGCCAAUGCAACCUGGGCAGGUGGCGCCACCUCCAUCAGUUCCUGGUACUGUACAACCACCUAGAAUGUUUGGAAUGCCACCCCCACCAUUACCAAAUCAGUCCAUUGCAACUAUUGGUCAAACAGGUGCACCUGUGGCCGGGUCAUCGAAGAUUGAUCCUAAUCAAAUCCCGAGGCCCUUGCCAAGUUCUUCAGUUACUGUGCAUGCAACUCGUCAGGGCAACCAGGCCAAUUCUCCUCCGCCUGCUACAUGUGAUUACAUUGUUAAAGACACCGGGAAUUGCAGUCCACGUUACAUGAGGUGCACCGUCAAUCAGAUACCAUGCACUGCUGACCUUUUAAAUACAUCAGGGAUGCCUUUAGCUUUGUUGGUCCAACCUCUUGCCCUUCCUCAUCCAUCAGAGGAGCCAAUACAAGUUGUGGAUUUCGGUGAAAGUGGUCCAGUUCGCUGUUCUCGUUGCAAAGGCUACAUAAAUCCUUUCAUGAAAUUCAUUGACCAGGGAAGGCGAUUCAUCUGCAACCUAUGCGGAUUUACUGAUGAGACUCCCCGUUACUACCACUGCAAUCUAGGACCAGAUGGUAGGCGUCGAGAUGCUGAUGAAAGGCCUGAGCUGUGUAGAGGGACAGUUGAAUUCGUUGCAACAAAAGAGUACAUGGUGCGGGAUCCCAUGCCGGCUGUCUACUUUUUUCUCAUUGAUGUAUCCAUGAAUGCAGUUCAAACUGGUGCAACAGCUGCAGCUUGCAGUGGAAUCAAUCAAGUUAUUGCUGAUCUCCCUGAAAGUCCUCGAACAUCUGUGGGAGUUGCAACCUUUGACUCAACCAUCCAUUUUUACAAUUUGAAACGCGCACUACAGCAGCCGUUAAUGCUAAUAGUUCCUGACGUACAAGACGUAUAUACUCCGUUGCAGACAGAUGUUCUUGUUCCUCUUUCUGAGUGUCGCCAACAUUUAGAGUUAUUGCUGGAAAGCAUUCCAACCAUGUUUCAAAAUAGUAAAACCGCCGAAUCAGCAUUUGGUGCUGCAGUUAAGGCUGCUUUCCUGGCAAUGAAGAGCACUGGAGGGAAGCUUAUGGUAUUUCAGUCAGUUUUGCCGUCAACUGGCAUCGGAGCCCUUUCUGCUAGAGAAGCUGAAGGAAAAGCUAAUGUAGCUGCAGGAGAGAAGGAGGCCCAUAAAUUACUCCAGCCAGUGGACAAAACUUUUAAGACAAUGGCCAUUGAGUUUGCUGAGUAUCAGGUCUGUGUGGAUAUAUUUAUCACUGCUCAGACAUACGUGGAUGUUGCUUCUAUCUCUGUCAUCCCAAGAACAACCGGAGGGCAGGUUUAUUACUAUUACCCCUUCUCAGUUGUUUCUGAUCCUGCAAAGCUAUACAAUGAUCUUAGAUGGAAUGUUACAAGGCCCCAAGGUUUUGAAGCAGUUAUGCGUGUCAGAUGCAGCCAGGGCAUUCAAGUUCAAGAGUACUCUGGGAACUUCUGCAAACGAAUUCCAACAGAUGUUGACCUACCUGGGAUUGACUGUGAUAAAAGUAUACUGGUGACCUUGAAACACGAUGAUAAAUUACAGGAUGGUUCAGAAUGUGCUUUUCAGUGUGCCCUUCUUUACACCACUGUUUAUGGUCAACGGAGAAUUCGAGUUACAACUUUGUCUCUGCCAUGCACAAAUAUGCUUAGCUAUCUAUUUCGCUCAGCUGACUUGGACACUCAAUUUACAUGUUUCUUGAAGCAAGCGGCAAAUGAAAUUCCUUUUAAUCCACUCUCGCGAGUUCGGGAGCAGGUUACAAAUCUCUGCAUCAAUAGUCUGCUUUCGUACCGUAAAUUUUGUGCUACGCCAUCAUCGUCUGGACAGCUUAUUCUUCCGGAGGCACUUAAGCUUCUCCCGCUGUACACCCUUGCAUUAAUCAAAAGUAUUGGGCUGCGCAAUGAUGCGAGGAUAGAUGACCGCUCCUUUUGGAUUACUUAUGUGUCCUUGCUUUCUACUACUCUGGCAAUUCCUUUAGUGUACCCAAGGAUGUUAGCUAUUCAUGAGCUUGAUUCAAAGGAGAGUGAUGAAUCCGUUCUUCCUCCGUUUGUUCCACUUUCUAGCGAACACAUCAGUGACAAGUGUGUCUAUCUUCUUGAGAAUGGUGAUGAUUGUUUAAUAUACAUUGGGAACACAGUGGAUCCGGCAAUCUUGAGACAACUUUUUGGUGUUUCUUCUGUUGAUGAAGUUCCUACUCAGUUGGUGUUGCAUCAGUUUGACAAUCCACUAUCAAAGAGGCUGAAUGAUGUGAUGAAUGAAAUACGGCGCCAAAGAUGUUCCUAUCUGCGCUUGAAAGUGUGCAAGAAAGGAGAGCCAUCAGGAAUGUUGUUCUUCUCAUAUAUGGUAGAAGACCAACAUCCAAAUGCCCAGUCCUACGUCGACUUUUUAGUACAUGUGCAUCGGCAAAUUCAAAUAAAAAUGUCGUCAUGAAAGUUAAGUUUGCUUCACAAGUUUUGAUCAACUUUCAGCUAGAACACUUGCGGAAUUCGAAGGAACAGUUUGUUUACUUGAACACAUGCACUUGGGAUCGUCCCGCAUCAAUUAUUCACCUCUCAAGAAUGCUGAGCAAAAUUUUGCUGUUAGAGGCUUGUCAUUGUAGUUCAUAUAUAUGAUAAUAAUAAAUCGGAAGUUUUUGUUUAUUGUAAUUUGUAUUUACAUUGUUGCUUUUUGUCCCCGUCUCUCCCUUCAUCUCUAGUUUCCAUCGAUUAUUAGGUUCCCAUGUGAGAGACGAGAACACCCAAAAAGGAGGCAAAAAUGUGUGAUAUGACUUAAUAAUGUUGUGGGAGAGAGAAAUAUAUUAACAGGUUGAUUGGUGUCCAAGUAUACAUGUAAGUUUUGUGCUACUCAAUUAUUGUAGCGUGUAGGAAGAAUUUUUUUUCCCCCUUUUUUUUUCGGUACUAUUCUUUUACAG